CCAAAUCAUCACUAAUCAUGUGUGUUUUAUUGUUUCCUUAAAAAGCCUGCAGCUUCAUUGUUUAUCUCCUCACUGUCUUCCUAAACCACUAAUAACCACAACACAUGGCCUUCACGGAGUUCAGACCACUCGACGAGAAACUUCUGAUAGAGUAUAUCAAAGCCACGCCCUCUUUGUCCUCCAAAAUUGGUAACCAGUUUGAUGACUUGACCAUCAAAGAAGUCGGAGAUGGCAACCUCAAUUUCGUUUAUAUCGUUGUCGGCACUUCUUGUUCUAUAGUCAUCAAGCAGGCACUCGAAUACAUUCGAUGUAUAGGUGAAUCAUGGCCAAUGACAAGGGAGCGAGCCUAUUUUGAGGCAUUGGCGUUGAAAGAGCACCGCCAACUGUGCCCUGAUCAUGUUCCUGAAGUCUAUCAUUUUGAUCGUCCGAUGUCUUUGAUCGGAAUGCGAUUCUUGGAGCCUCCACAUAUUAUCCUGAGGAAAGGGCUGAUUGCAGGAAUUGAGUAUCCAUUGCUCGCAGAACACAUAUCAGAAUAUAUGGCAAAAACUCUUUUCUACACAUCUCUUCUGUACCGUUCUACCAUGGAGCAUAAACGAGCUGUCGCUGAAUUUUGUGGGAAUGUAGAGUUAUGCAAUCAUACUGCGCGUGUUGUUUUUUCUGACCCCUACAGAGUAUCUCAAUAUAACCAUUGGACUUCUCCUUAUCUUGAUCGAGAUGUGGAGGCUCUGAGGGAGGACAAUUAUUUGAAGAUUGAAAUUGCUGAGUUGAAAUCCAAGUUCUGUGAAAGAGCUCAAGCUCUCAUACAUGGGGAUCUCCACACUGGCUCUGUAAUGAUUACUCUUGAUUCAACUCAAGUUAUAGAUCCAGAAUUUGCAUUUUAUGGCCCAAUGGGUUUUGAUAUUGGAGCUUUUCUUGGAAACUUGAUUUUGGCCUAUUUUGCCCAAGAUGGACAUGCUAAUCAAAGGAAUGACCGUAAAAGUUAUAAAGAAUGGAUUUUGAGAACAAUUGAAGAGACUUGGACUCUGUUCCACAAAAAAUUCACGGCACUUUGGGAUCAACAUAAAGGUGGCUCUGGUGAGGCAUACAUUCCAGAAAUUUAUAAUAAUCCUGAGAUUCAGCAGCUUGUUCAACAAAAAUUUAUGAAAGAUCUGUUCCACGACACCCUUGGAUUUGGUGCUGCCAAAAUGAUAAGGAGGAUUGUGGGUGUGGUCCAUGUUGAGGAUUUUGAAUCAAUUAAGGAUGCCAGAAAACGAGCAGCUUGUGAACAACAAGCUCUUGAAUUUGCAAAAAUGCUUCUAAAGGAAAGGCGGAAAUUCCAAGCCAUGGCCGAAGUUGUUUCAGCCAUUGCAAGCCUCCAUCUACAGUGA